AUGUACUUCUUCCUUAAGAACUUGUCUUUCAAUGACUUGUGUCUUACCUCCAUCACCAUCCCCAAAUCCAUCGCCGUCUCCCUGACUAAUAACAAUUCCAUUUCUUUCCUGGGCUGUGCUUCUCAAGUCUUACUGGUCAUCUGGUUUGCUGGUUCAGAGUUUUUUGUUCUCACGGCGAUGUCAUACGACCGCUCUGCUGCCAUCUGCCGCCCCCUGCGCUAUGAGUUCGUCAUGGAUAGAUGGGCUUGUGUGCAGAAGGACCACGUUGCUAUUGAUGUGAUCGUGGCUGUUGCAGUAGUCUUAGUUGUCGUCGGUUUCACUUCCAUCAUCAUUUCCUAUGUCUGCAUCUUCUCAGCCGCGCUGAGGACUCCAUCCUCUGAGGGACGGAACAAGGCCUUUUCCACCUGUAUGUCCCACUUCACCGUUGUCACAGUUUUCCUCUUCACAAUAUUUGCCUAUAUCAAGCCUCCCUCAUACUCUUCCUCGGCCCUUGACCUGCUAGACUUAUCCACAUACAAAUGUGUCCUACAACUCCAAAGAGAUAGUCCUGAGAGUGAGGAUUUGUCCAAGUCUCGGAGGCUGGUUGAUGAAUCUAAUGCCUUUGUUUCUAUGGGAACGCCGCGGUUCAGCGCCACUGCUAUAGAUUCAGAGAUCGUACUCUCACCUCUAUGGGGCCUCGGGGACAUCAUGAGCAGAGGGUUCUAG